AUGGCCAGGGCAACUCUGGAGGGUUUCCGCGCCGUUGCUCGCGGCGGCGCCUCAACCUACGCCGUUCCCCCUGCUAUGUUUCUCCUCUGCAUGGUGGCCGCCUCGCUCUUCAUCCUUUCGACGAUUCUUUUCGCCUGUGGUCACAGCCACGAGAAGAAGAAGAAGAAGUCUAGCAGGAAUGGCAACGUUACCUACUACGGCAACGGCGGCCAGACAACGACCAGUUAUGCCUACAGAGCCAACACCGGUGGCGGUGCUGCUAAGAGCAGUUACCCUGCCAGCGGUGCCGCCGUCGGCGCCGCAGCCGUCGUAGGCCUUGGCGUCGGCGUGGCCGUUGCCGCUGCUGCUAGCGACGUGGGUGGAGACGACUUCGGCGGAGGAGAUGGGGGCGGCUGUGGUGGUGGGUGCGGCGGUUGUGGUGGUGGGUGCGGCGGCUGUGGCGGUUGA